GAAAAUGUCGGUUCCUCAAACUAGUGCUGUGGAAAGUGAAGUGUUGAUGACGUUGUUUCUUCGACACAAACAACGGGAAAUAGUUCCUGAACGAGGCAGAAUGACAGCUCCACACUUCAGGGAUUUGUUACACCAACUGAAAAGGAGACUACCUGUAACUUGCAUUGAUCAAGUUGAUCUUGCGAAGAUCAUAUUUUCUUGGAAGAAGCAAUACUUCA